GUGCGUGUGAUCCACCAAGAGAUCAGAAAACGAUCUAUCUAUCGACAGCGUUAGAAGUCUCGAAUCCAAGAGACAUAAGAGGAAAUCGCCGCGGCAACUAAUGUCACGUUUCGUCUCUGAAAUUACAUCAAUAACCCAUCAGUCUACGUCCCUGACUACAGCCGCUCUACACACUGCGCUGCUUCUCCCUCUUUUCCGCGGCGGGUCGCGACCGGCAACUGCAUAGCUGAAUAUCACGGGGCGGCAGGAGUAUACGCAGGGCACACACGACGCUCAUCGGCCAUUUGUCCGCAAGCAAGCUAAGGAUGAAGUUCACGCUGUCACUGUUCGCCGUUUUGGCAUGCCUCCUUGGGGCUGCUUUCGCCAAGAUCGAGACCGAGGAUGAGGUCCUCGUCAUCACCAAGGACAACUUCGACGAGGCUCUCGAGAAGCAUCCCUACAUCCUCCUCGAGUUCUAUGCUCCAUGGUGCGGACACUGCAAGGCCCUGGCCCCAGAGUACGCAGCAGCUGCCAAGAAGCUGGUUGAACAGAACUCUGAAGUCAAGUUGGGUAAGGUUGAUGCCACCAUCGAGAGUGACUUGGCUGAGAAGCACAAGAUCAGGGGAUACCCCACUCUGAAGUUCUACCGCAAGGGAUCACAGAUUGAAUACACUGGUGGUCGCAAGGCUGAUGACAUCAUCAACUGGGUACUCAAGAAGACUGGACCAAUCGCCAAGGACCUGUCAACCGUUGAUGAGGCUAAGGCCUUCAUUGAGGCUAACAAUGUUGCCGUUGUUGGUUUCUUCAAGGAUGCUGAAUCCGAAAACGCUAAGGUCUUCUUGGAAGUUGCCAACUCCAUCGACGACACCGUAUUCGCUAUCUCCAGCAACGCCGAUGUCUUCGCUGAAUACGGCGUCGAAGACGGCAAGGUCGUUCUUUUCAAGAAGUUCGACGACAACAAAGCCGAAUUCGCUGACGAGCACAAUGUCGCCAACUUGAAGAAGUUCAUCCAGGUCGAAUCUCUGCCUUUGAUCGUUGAGUUCAACCAAGAAACUGCCCGCACCAUCUUCAACGGUGACAUCAAGAGCCACCUCCUUGUAUUCCUAAGCCAAGAAGCUGGUCACUUUGACAAAUACGCCGACGACCUGAAGACUCCCGCCAAGGAAUUCCGUGGAAAGGUCCUCUUCGUUACCAUCAACGCCGACGAUGCUGAUCACGAGCGUAUCCUCGAAUUCUUCGGAAUGAAGAAGGACAACACUCCCGCCAUGCGCCUCAUCCAGUUGGAAGAGGAUAUGGCCAAGUACAAGCCUGAAAACUCCGAAAUCAGCGCCGACAACGUCAAGGAAUUCGUCAGUGCCUUCCUUGAUGGCAAGCUCAAGAGGCACCUCCUCACCCAAGACCUGCCCGAAGACUGGGACAAGAACCCCGUCAAGGUUCUCGUCGGAACCAACUUCGCCGAAGUCGCAUACGACAAGUCCAAGAACGUCCUCGUUGAAUUCUACGCCCCAUGGUGCGGACACUGCAAACAGCUUGCUCCCAUCUACGACCAGCUUGGUGAGAAGUACAAGGACAACGAGAAAGUAGUCAUCGCUAAGAUGGACGCCACCGUCAACGAAUUGGAAGACAUCAAGAUCGCUAGCUUCCCCACGAUCACUUUGUACAAGGCUGAGACGAACGAGGCUGUCGAAUACAACGGUGAGAGGACACUUGAAGGUCUUUCCAAAUUCAUCGACUCUGAUGGUGCUUACGGAGAAGGUGCUGAUGAGACUGAAGAAGAAGAUGAGGACGAUGAUGCUCCACGAAAGGACGAGCUGUGAGAAAAUCGCACACAAACAGUAUCGAAAGAUCAAGAAAUGAACAGCCCCAUCUCGCCGUUCCUCUCCUUCGUGUCAAUGAACAACUUAAUGUUUGUCGAUUUUUUCUCGACACAAGUUUUUCUCGGCUGUAGUACAUCUGUCUAGCCUUAUUUUUUUACACACGAGUUUUUAUUGAUAUGUUCUAGCGAGAUUUGAUUGUAUAUUUUUUCAAUGAAAAUUUCCUUGUACAGAUUAAUGUUCGAAGCUCAUGCUUCUUUAUAAAUUUAUAUUAAAGAAUUUCUCAUUUGUAAAAUUACUUUAAACUUCUAUUUAGAUCGACACAUUGUACUUACGCCGCUUGUCUUCCAUCAGCGCCGUAAUCUUUUAAAAUUAUUACUAUUUAUGAGGAAAUUUUUUACAUCGCAUUCUUCGCAGCCCCUUCUGGCUGAUAUGGGAAUAGGAACAAUGCUCCUUUUUUUAAGACAACAAAAAUUUAUCAAUUUCUUACACUCCGACUUUGUUAGCCAUUCCGGUGAAUCAGCAGAGGAAGAGAGAAAGAAAGUGCGCGUGCGUGAAUGAAAGAGAGAAAGAUAGAAUUCAAGAGGGCAAGAAAAUUUGUUCAAUGAAAACUCUGCCAAAUAGUUAUGGCGGGUGCCUUAAGAAUUCAAGUUUUCAGAAUUAAGAUUGUUAUUUUGCAUGUUAUUUCGAAUAAAAGAAAGACUAGUAUAGUUUCUAGUUUUUUCCACAGACUGAAGUAAUGUGUUUUCUUUUCUUUUAAUAUUAAACCAAUGAAAGGAGGCACGAAGCGUAAAUGGAACAUCAAAUUCAUAUCUUUAAGUUAUUAUAAAUAACUAUUCUUAAUAUAUAUCUACGUUUAUAAAAAAAUAUAUAAAUUAAACAUUA